CCUCAGUCUUAUUUCUUAAAUAAAAUAAUUACCAACUUUUAUUUUUCCAUAACCAUACAACAAAAAAGUCCGAGUCAUGUACUCUCUUUAAUCUGCCGAUAGCUAAUAUUUCCCUAUCAUACGCUGCGUCGGAUCAUUUUUGAGAUAACCGCGUCAUUCCCAAUCCUCACCCAAAUGGACUUGCCCGUCCCGUCCCGAAACCAUCAUCAAUAAAGAUGCUGAAAUCUACAUACAAACCAUCCGCCAACUCGGCGCUACCGCCAUUACCCCCUGGUUGGACAGCGCACAAAGCUCCCACAGGUCACACAUAUUAUUACAAUGAGUCCACGAAGGAAUCGACUUAUAAACGUCCCGGCGCCGACGCGUCACUCGCACCGCAAACUCAAAAUCCACACACGAGCUUCUUCCAGUACUCAACGGUACCUCAGCUCUCCGAUCCAGCUACUGCCAACGCCUUCCUAGCUCAGUACGAUCCCGCGCGGCAACGCGACGCGCAAACCGCCAGCCAAAGUAGAAGAGGGGGUAACCGCGGGCACAAUGAUGGAAGAGACCGCCCACGACCUCAACCUAUUGACAAGCCCAAGUCCAAGGUUGCUAUACCAGGAUGCGAGCCUUGGAUUCUUGUAUAUACCAAGUAUGGCCGUCGUUUCGCGUACAAUCCCGUCAAAAACGCCAGCUACUGGCGCAUCCCCGAGAAGAUCAUGCCAGGUGUACUUGAACUAGACAUUAAAGGAAUCAAGAGAAAGGCCGGGGAACCUGACACAAUAGAUGAUCCGGCACCGGUCGAGGUGACCUCUCAAGAGCCAGAGCGUAGUGAAAGAGAAGAACUCGAGGAGCAAGCCGAUUUUGGUUCUGACUAUGAAGAAGUGGAGGUUACGGACGAUGAAGAUGCUGGAGAAGAUGGUAAUGAUGACGAAGAAAACUCCCGCGCGCCUAAACGCCAAAGGACCGAAGAGCCUGCCGAUGAUAUGCCCGUCGAAUUUAACGAGAGCGAUAUCGCCUUCCAACUGCAGGCAAUGGGUGAGGAGUACGGGUUAGACCCUGGAGAAUAUGACGAUGGCGAUCCAGAGAACUGGCCUGAAGGCGCUGAAGGCAUCACCUUUUCCGAGUCCGACGCAAUAGAGCUCUUCAAAGAUCUCCUCAAUGACUUCGGUAUUAACCCAUACUCAUCAUGGGACAAACUAAUUGAGGAUGGCCGCAUUUUUGAUGAUUCCCGAUAUACAGCCCUUUCCACGAUGAAAGCGCGCAAGGAGGUGUGGGAAGAAUGGAGUCGAGAGCGCAUUCAAGUGCUCAAGGAACAGCGUGCCAAAGAAGAGAAGAAGGAUCCCAGAAUACCCUACAUGGCCUUCCUUCAACAAAAGGCUACACCAAAGCUGUACUGGGUAGAAUUUCGAAGGAAAUAUAAGCGCGAGGCCGCUAUGCAGGACGCCUCACUGGGCGACCGCGAUAGGGAAAAUCUAUAUCGCGAGUACAUAAAAAGGCUGAAGCUCCCACAAGAAACCCUCAAGAAGGAACUAAUCAGCCUCUUGAAAGAGAUUCCCGCGCGUGAUCUGAACAAUAAAACCCUCAUGGAAAACCUCCCACGCCAAUUACUUGCAGAUGUGCGCUACAUCAGCUUAGAUCCCAAGACCCGCGACCCCAUGUUGGACGCCUACAUACAAAGUUUAGGUCCGCCCCCAGAAGCCAACGAGACUGAUGAAGACGAAGCCGCGAAAAAGGCGAGAGACGAGCGUCGUAAACGGGAAAAGGCACUGGCCGAACGCGAGCGUAUCGUGGCCGAGGAGAAGCGCAAGCAGAAGCGACAGCUGGAAUACGGCAAAGCAAUGUUACGGGAAGAAGAGAGGGAACUCGAGAGAGCCAAUCAGGUGGGGAAGAAAGGUCUGCAGAGUCAACUUAUAGCAGCUCAGAAGGAUGCCGCACUCUGAAGCCCCUGACUAUUUUACACCCAAUUUUAGGAGAGCGGCAGGGUCACGAUCAUAUUUAGCGCAGUAACUAUAUUAUAAUACUAGUCUGCACUACGGUCCCUCGUGGUCGCGAUAAACCGUCCUUUCAGGCCUCGCCCAACCGCAAGCUGCUCGAGACGUGUUUCACUUUAUAAUCUUUUUCGGAUGGCAGUCUCAUCGUCCAGUCAUAGGAGGAAGUAGUCGAACCAUUGGACAGCCUGUAAAAAGGCCUGUUCCUUGGCGA